AUGUCGCUGGUGCGGGAGGGGGAGCUUCUUCCUUCGAAGCUCUCUGCCUUUAUGCAAUCCCUGGGCCAGCUGCCGCCCGAGAAAGGCACCAUCUUCAGAAUUAAGGGCAUCCUUGCGGUGAAGAACCACCCCUACAAGCACGUCUUCCACGCUGUCAUGGACGUCAGUGAUGAAGCAGACGCUGAGCGGUGGGGUCCCGAUGAGAAGCGGAUCACUAAGAUCGUUUUCAUCGGAAAGGCGCUGGACAAGGCCUUCAUCAGGGAGGCGUUGGAGGAGUGCUUCGCGAAGUGA